CUGCUGCCAAUCAUGUAGCCAGAGUAGCUUCUCCUUCUCCAUCUAUUAGCCCAUCAUCGUCUAUGUUGGCCCCAACCUUGGCUAGAGUCCCAGCGACUUAUCUAGUUGGAGAUAGCUUGGGGUGGACUAUCCCUCUUGGUGGUCCUAUCACUUAUGCCUCUUGGGCUACUGGCAAGACCUUUAUCGUUGGAGACACACUAUUGUUCUACUUCUCAAAUGGAGAGCACGAUGUUGCAGAAGUGCCAAUGGUAGGUUUUGAUGCUUGCGACUCAUCUAGCACCAUUGGCCCCAUUCUUAAUAAAGGUCCUGCAAGUAUCACUCUCCAAUCACCAGGGGAGCAUUUCUUUAUUUGCACCUUUAGUACACAUUGCUCCUUUGGCCAAAAGCUAGCCAUUAAUGUACUUGCCCCUUCUGCAUCAAUAACUCCUUCUCAAGCUCCUUCUCCAUCUAGUUCAACUUCUCCUGGAAUUUCCCCAACUUCUAUUGCUUCUCCUCCAUCCAUCAAUACCCUUUCGCCUGCAUUAGCUCCCACCUAUUCUAGACCACUGGAGACUCACACAGUUGGAGACAAUUUAGGAUGGGUACUCCCUAUUGGUGGUCCAUCCGUUUAUGCAAAUUGGGCUUCUCACAGGACCUUCGCAGUUGGAGACACUCUAUUGUUCAACUUUGUUACGGGACAACAUGAUGUGGCUGAAGUAACAAAGUCUAGUUUUGAUGACUGCAACAAGGCUACCAUCAUUGGUUCUCCUAUAAGCUCUGGCCCUGCAAAAAUUACUCUAAAAUCCCUUGGUGAACACUAUUUCAUCUGCUCUUUUCCAGGACAUUGUCAAGUGGGACAAAAGCUAGUUGUUAAUGUUACACUCACCACAGCUACUUAUCCUUCAAAUAAUCCUACUAGCAUUGCCGUUUCUCCAUCAUUGCUAGCUACUGCACCAAGUGAACACAACAAUAUGUCAAGCUCUGCAUCAUCCUUUACCAUUGUUGGCUUCUUUAUUACUUCACUAACUAUUUUUGGGUCUUUUUUCCUUUAGAAAAUAUAUUGUAACUCAUUCGACUGAUUUACAAAUAUAGUUUCUAUUG